GGGAGGAGGGAGCAAGAAGUAGGGAGGAGGAGGAACUUUAUUGGUUCUGUGAGCAUGUACCCUCUGUUUAGUGUGGUAAUUGGAAGACGGCACAAGGUGUAUCUGUACCCUGAAAUGCAGUAAUUUGGAUGUGAAUGCAUCUUCCUUCUUGCAGGAGAGGAUUCUAAUAACUCAGUGUCAAAGCCAAGAUACAGACUCAACCGCUUCUCUUCUGAAAGCUUCUCCUCCCAACAUGGAAGCCAUCGCCAAGUUUGAUUUCGCCGCCUCGGGCGAGGAUGAGCUGAGCUUUCGUGCUGGAGACACACUGAAGAUCUUAAGUAACCAAGAGGAGUGGUUCAAGGCAGAGCUUGGGAGCCAAGAAGGAUACGUGCCCAAGAAUUUUAUAGACAUCCAGUUUCCUGAAUGGUUUCACGAAGGCCUCUCACGACACCAGGCAGAGAACUCGCUCAUGGCCAAGGAGGUUGGUUUCUUCGUCAUCCGGGCCAGCCAGAGCUCCCCCGGGGACUUCUCCAUAUCCGUCAGGCACGAGGAUGAUGUUCAGCACUUCAAGGUCAUGAGGGACAACAAGGGUAACUACUUCCUGUGGACAGAGAAGUUUCCAUCCCUCAACAAACUGGUGGACUACUACAGGACGACGUCUAUCUCCAAACAGAAGCAGAUCUUCCUGAGGGAUAGGACGCGAGAGGACCAGGGUCGCCGGGGCAGCAGCCUGGACCGAUGGCCCCAGGGAGGCCCACAUACCAGCGGGGCUGUGGGAGAAGACAUUCGGCCUGCGAUGAACCGGAAGCUGUCGGAUCACCCACCACCCCCUCCAUCACAGUAUCCCCCGGCCCCACCGCCGGCGCAGCAGCGGUACCUGCAGCAUCACCACUUUCAUCAGGACCGCCGUGGAGGCAGCCUGGACAUAAACGACGGACACUGCAGCAUGAGCAUGGGCAGCGAGAUGAACGCCACCCUCAUGCACCGGAGGCACACGGACCCAGUGCAGCUGCAGGUGGCCGGGCGCGUGCGGUGGGCCCGGGCGCUGUAUGACUUCGAGGCCCUGGAGGACGACGAGCUGGGGUUCCGCUCCGGAGAGGUGGUCGAGGUCCUGGACAGCUCCAACCCGUCCUGGUGGACCGGCCGCCUGCACAACAAGCUGGGCCUCUUCCCGGCCAACUACGUGGCGCCCAUGAUCCGGUGAAGCCCUUCCUGGCCGGAGGCUCAUGUCUGAGCGGCCGGCAAGAAGCAGCAAGGAGGAAAGGCUGGAAGUGCAUGUGUGUGUGUGUGUGUGUGUGUAUGUGCGCACGUACCCACAUACAUGCCUAUGGGUGCACACAUUUUAUAAUAGUAAUUUAUUGGCAAUUUAGUUGGUUAAUUAGUUGAUAUGAAAGGAACUCAGGUGGAAGCUUAUAUUCAUACUUGUUUUUCUGUCCCCCAAAGGGGUGUGUAGGAGGUGGGGCGCUUGGGAGAGGUGGGGGCAGGGAAACUGAAGUCCUUCCUCUCCUAAAGAUGGCACCACGUCCCCCUGGUCUUGGGAAUUUUCAAGGCGCUGAGCAGAGACCCACACCCGGAGCUGGACGCAGAACCACAGGCUCGGGCAGGACUCGGCCGGCGUGUUCGGGCUCACCUGCACGCCCACUCACCCCGAGGGUUUGCAGGGCGGCCUCCCGCCUGGUCUCCAGGGAGAGCGUGCUGGAUUGAGAAUUGAGGUGCAGCCACUCAAGUCUGAGCUGGCACGGCUGGGUGUGAGGCCUGGGCACGGCCGGCACCCUCCUCUCCAUCAAUGGCUGCUCCUGAGCUGCCGCUCUCCUGCGGCCCGCGUGGACACACGGGGACAUCGUGCGGGGCCAGGCGCUGGGGAGUGAAGGGGCUGUCACACACCUCCCCGGGGCGGGCCAGGUGUACACUCUGUGUCCUGGCUUCUAAGAAAGUGCUUCUCAGAGAAGCCCUGGCCCAGGAUGCAGGCAGAGGUCUUGUUCUGUGGAUACAGAUGUCUCUUCAGGGCUCUGUUUUCUGUCUUGGUUUUCUGCGUUUUGAAGAUGCCUUGCCCAGCGGCACAGAGAGAAGCCCACGCCACAAGAGCGAGGACUAGUGACUGGCUAAUUGGUUGGUUGAACAUGACCCUGGGUGGGGCCUGGAUUUCAGAUGAGCUUCCUGUUCCCCUGGCCGUUGGACCUGCGCUGGCACCUUUCCUCCACCAAGAGCUGCACCUGGGGACCCUCCCCUCUCAGCAUCUCCAAGCGGGCGGUCUCCCAGGCCCCCCCCC